AUGGAUAAAAAGUCUAUUUACUUCGUGGAUGUUGGUUGUGGCAAUGGGUUGUUGGUGUUUGUCCUGCUUAACGAAGGAUUUAACGGCACAGGUGUGGAUAUCCGCAAAAGGAAAAUAUGGAGUUCCUAUCCUGAUUCAGUCCAAAAUCGGCUUUUGGAAACCACCUUGGAUGCAGAGCAAUGUCCUGGUUUUCCUGAUGCAACUUGGCUGAUUGGGAACCACAGUGACGAGUUGACCCCUUGGAUUCCAGUGCUAGCUGCGAGGUCCGGGCCAGAUUGCAAAGUGUUUCUCCUACCAUGUUGCCCUUUUAGCCUGUUCGGAAAGUACAAUAAUUUCACGCACUAUCCUAAUGAACAAGAAUCUACUUCGGUCUCCGCCUCUGUAGAAGUUCAAAGUCGCUAUCGAGUUUAUCUGAGGUAUCUUCAUGGGUUAUUUCGCGUCUGUGGUUUUGAACCGGAGUCAGACGUUCUCAGGAUCCCGUCUACGAAACGAGCUUGUCUUGUUGGUCGAAAACUCAGCCCCUCCAGUUCAGACUACACUUCCCGCAUGAGCUCAGUUGAGGCAGCUGUGUACAAAGAGAAACUCUCAGUUUCGGCGGCCACUUGCUUUGUGCCUCGUAGUUAUCAUGAACCAGUUUUGAACUGCACCCACGUUCCCCGAGACGUCACUCAGCUCGUAUCCCAUAGGAUAUUUACCGAACUAUUGAGGCAGCCACCCAACUUGGACUGGCUUCAUUCUUACCGACUCGUCGUAUCCGAAUCGGGACAGAUUCAAACGUCGGACGGUCGGUGGUGGAACCCAGGUGGUAAGUUUUUGCCAUUGUCUCUGUCCCUUCAAACGUUCUCUUACACUAUCGUUGACAGUCAUUCUGUUUUGGUAGGUGCUAGGCGGAACUCCACACGGAUCCCUUUUUACCGCUCGCAGUCAGGUGCUGCUACGGCCGAGAAGCCCAUCCCAAGCAAGAUUGGCCAAAAACUCGGGACGCUUGCCGGUCCGACAUCAGGCCGGGAUCCAAUUGAUCGAAAUUCAGGACCCAACAGCCAAUCAUGA